AUGGCUCUCUCCGCGACCGAGACUCCUUCUGUAGCGGAAAUAAAUUUACGUCGACUAUUAGCUGUUUGCGAAAAACAGGCUGCCGAGGAAGGAUUGACUCGUGGGUCCAAUAAGCUCAAAUUUGUUACUAAUAUAAAACAUCUCGUGAGGUUACUGGAUCAAGUCGAGAAGGAAGAAACCAACUUAGACAAAACAGCUGUAAGCGAAUACUCACGAAAGAUCAGACGACUAAACGACAUUUGUGAUGAAUUUAAAUUGAUAUCGCCAAUAAAUCGCUCUGAUUCUCAGGCACGCUUAGUAAAGCACGCCCAACAGUCACAGAGUGAGAAGAACAAGGAAAAUGAAUUGGAGCUGAAAAUGGUCCGGCAAGCUGAGAAAGAGUUAAAAGAUGAACUAUUACACUCUCGCCGAACGCGUGGCCUUGGUAUAGAUUUUGACAAUUCUCAGUCAUUGCAAGAGAAGCGAUUGGAUCUCUUCUCAUCGGCAAUUUCCAACCGUCGCAAGAACGCUCAAGAGACGUCAGAUGAAUCAACGUCAACUCAAUCCGUACUACAACACCACCGACAAAUUCAGUCAGAACUGACGGAUGAUCUAGUCUCUCUUGCUGAACGUCUGAAAAUGAACUCCCUUGCAUUUGGAGAUAUUCUUGUGCGUGAUGAAAAGGUCAUUGACGAUGCGCAAACAGUCGUGAACAGCAAUUUAGAUAGGUUACGGAAUGAGGGCGGACGGUUGAGGCAGUAUACGUUGCAAUCGAGAAAGACUACCUGUUUUGUUUGGGUAGGCUAA